AUGGCUGCUUCUAGGGGUCCCAUAAACAAGAAAAUCCGUCUCCAAAGCAGGGAGGGAGGAGGAAUGGGGAGAUAUUGUGAGAAGCACCAGGAGUCCCUAAAACUCUUCUGUAUGGAGGAUGAAACUGUAGUCUGCCUGGUGUGUGACAAAUCCAGGAAGCACAGAGGUCAUGAGGUGAUUCCUGUGGAUGAGGCUUCUGAGGACUACAAGGUAGGAAAUCAUUCUGGCCCUUGAUGGGGAGCAGGGAAGUCUUCUUAAUUCUUCUUGGGAGGUUUUCUGUAAUUCUUAGGUUCAAACUAGGCAUGGCAUUAAUUGCCAGAAUGCAAUUUAAAUAGCCAAGGAGAAGCCUGAGGUUUUUUGGGAGGUGGGUGGCAUGAGUCUAAUUAUUUCUCUCUCUGCCAGAAUGCCAAAGGGGCUUCCCUUGAAAUGCAAGCAGCAGGUUCAGUAACUGUUGGGACCAUGACAGCAAAAGAAAUUAUUAAAUCUUGGGGACCCGUGGUCUCCAAGCUAUGUACAUAAUAAAAAUGUUAAUUUCACUUACACAAUCUCCUGUCUAGUUUUUUUUUAAAUGAUUUUCAAUUUUAUACAUUUCAAUAAUUUUACAAUCAUUUUAACAUUUCUAUACUUGACUUCCCCCUUUUUCUGCGUUUCUUUAAAUUUAUUUUUAAAUAUUUUCUAUAUAUCCAAAGUAACUUAAUUUGCUCAUUCAUUCAUCUACUUUAAAUAUAUACUCUUAUAAAGCUGCAGGUUAUUACAAUAAUCAUGCCAAUGCUCUUAUCUGUUUACAGUUUAUUUGUAAAUAUUCAACAAACCAUUUCCAGUCUGUAAAAAGUUUGUUAUCUUGAUUUCUUAUUUUUCCAGUAAGUUAUGCCAUUUCUGCAUGUCCCAUAAAUUUUUGUAUCCAUUCCUUUUUUACUGGGACUUCUUCUUUCCUGUCUUGUUUGGGCUUAGGCUGUGUACAGACUCUUGUUUACUCAGCACCCAGUGUGCUUCCACCAUUGGUUUGGGAAGCUGUGCACACGUGACAUUAGCCCCAACCCAUUGGGACCAUGACACAGAAAUAAUGGGUUAACGGUAAUCCUUGGGGAUCUUCUCCCCACCCCUCAAGGCUGCUGUAAUUGUUGGCCUCCGGGACAAAGUCAUACUGCCAGAGAGCCACAGUGCCUCCUGUGGCUGCAGAAAGCUGUAACUUGUAACUGCUGCCUGUUGUUUUUGCUGUGUUAGCAGCACUGAAGUGACCUCUCCAGAACACAAGUAUGGGUCUUGUUUGUGUGGAGGUCCUGGGCUACCCAGAUAACAAGACCCCACCCCUCGGCCUCAUGGAUGUGGUCCAAAGGAAAGCAGUACAAUACUUUUGGCACCAGCUGGGCUGCAGGAAUUGCUGGAAAGAGGGUGUAGAAGGCGCCAUCUAAUUGCCUUAAGGGACUCCUGUUAUGUACUGAACUUCUCACCCUGGGCCAGCAGGGGGAUACUGUAGAUAGUUCAGGUCCACAUAUGCAAAUAAGGGAUCGAAAGUGACGUUCAGUGAUUGGAUAGUUACAGAAAAUGGUUACUGUUGCGUUCUAGUGGAGCUCUAUAUAAGCAGGCUGCCUGAACCCUUCAGUUCAGUUCUGUUCUGGCCUGUGAAUAAACAAGAGCUGUUUGAAGAAUCGCUGUGUCGUCUGAUAUGUUCACCCACAACUUAACAACUCCGGAUUUUAUUUAGGGUUUACGCCUUAGCCUUUUCUUUUCCUGAAUACAUCCCGCAAGGUGGCGGGUACGGAUUUUUGCUCAGGGUCUACCCCCAAAGGCUUUCUCACAAAUGAGUAUAGCUGCAAAGCAGUGGAGGUUUAGGAUCAGAGUUUUCCUUCUCCUGGAUGGGCUAUUUUCCCUGGUUGAUAAGGAAGGCUGCUGUGUAAAUAAUAAAAAAUACUAUACACAUUAAUUCCACGUAAACAACCUCAUGUCUACUUUGGGCUUGGCUGUGUACAGACGCCUCCACUGCUGCUUUGGCAAGAUAUCCUGUAUUUACCUUGUAUCUAUCAUGCUGUGUUAAACAUGUCACUGCAAGAGGGAGAGACAAUACGCUUCUGCCCUCCGUAUUGUUAAUCUUGGCCCCAUACAGACCACACCCAGAAGUUUGGAUAGUUUUUAUGUGCACAGUAGAGCAGCCAUGAUGGAUCAAAGUGGAUUACACUAUGACAUGUCAAUAGAAGCUCCUUGGACUUUUGUUCACAUUGCUCAUGGAGAUCUUGUCAAUGUGAUAAGAGCAGCCAUGAAGCCAAAACAAAAAUGAAAGGAUUACAUUUUUUACUAACUAGCACUGGAAUUUACAAAGUUCCAUUGGGUCGGGCACCAGUGACACAUUUGGGAUCAAAGCUGUUCAUCACCCCACCCCGAUAUAGUCAUUCAGAGUCUGCAUUUUAUGUGGGUCCACCAAAAGAACAGUAAAAUUAAAGGAAAACUCAAUGAAAAGAUGCAGCCCCCAGAUCCUGUUCAAUCAAUCAAUCAAUCAAUCAAUCAAUAUAUCAAUAUUGCUAUGAGUUUAUGGGUGCCAGAUUCCCCUAAAUUCCUGGAUUCUGAUGUGUUAAGAACCUGGGGUGAUCAGUCAUUAAGAAAACAAAGGGAAAGUGAUGGAGAUUUAAGAAAGCAAAAGAGAGGGGGCUCUGUGCCAGACAGCAAACAUUUCUCCCGCAUACUUGCAAUGAAGGCUCAUGAGGCAAAGUGGUGGCAGAAAAAGGGCUAUAUUUCUUAAGUGAAAAAAUGUGCGAACCAAAUUCAUAACAUACAGGUAGGCAAAAGGCUAUGCACACAUUUGUGGCGUAAAACACAGUGAAGUUGUUUUGAAUCACAUUUGCACAUUUCUGGGCUCAGCUGGUAGAACUAGCAACCAGGGUCUGAUCUGACUACAGGGGGUGUGUGGGUCCACCCCCCCCCAUACAAUAAGGCAGCAGGCAGUGGGAAAAACACACAUGGUCUGGUUGUGGGGUGGGGGCUUGCACAAUAAGGUGGCAGGGUGGUGGCCCAGGUGAUCUCCCCCCAGAGGCUAGAGUGGAGGUACACACUUUUAAAAGAGAACUAAGAACUGACUCUCCUCUCCUCUGUGCUAUUAUGAUUAAAGUAAAAUCCUGAUUCAGCUUCCAGAUAAUUUUUUUUAAUGCUUCUAAAUUUCUUUUUAAAAAACAAAAAUUAGCACAAAGAAGCUCCUAUGCAAUUUAAUAAUAAUGAAAAGUAAAAUAAAUAAUAAUGAAAUGAAACUCUUCAUUAAAGCCUUGAUUUUAAAAUUUUGAGCUAAAAGCCUAGAAAUUCAUAGAGCAGAUUUCAAAAACUAGGAAUUAUCAGGUAAAACACUUAAGAGCAGCGAGGCACCAGGAAGUAGAAGGGAGCAUAACAGCCAACCAAAUUCUCCCUUUCUAUGUCUGUCUCAAUCACUAUCUGAACUUUUAUAUUCUCUUUAGGAAAAGAUCAAUAGCUACCUGGAGAACCUUAGGAAAGAAAGAAAGAAAAUUCUGGCCUAUGAAGCAGAACUGGAAAAGGAAAGCCAAGACCUCCUUGUAAGUGUCACUAGUGUUCACUGGAAGGGAACAAGUGCUUGAUGAAUCACAUCAGGACUGAAUAGAAAUGGGGAAAUCUGUCGAUUUCUGUUCAUCUCAGUUUCAUACAUUUCCAUCUUAAAGUCAUUUCUCCCAGUUUUGCCUUUGAAUCCAAACUGAACUGAAUCUUCUUCCCAUGUGGCAGCUCAGAUGCACAGAAGAUAAGAUAGUUGCAACAUUCUGAUUGCUAUACAGACUGUUGAAGAAAUAUCUCUCUAAAUGUGCACUAUUUUAUAUCUAUAGGAAAUUCAAGUUGACUCAGUGUAUUAAAGUAAACAGAGGACUGUUGGAGAUGAGCAGGCCAGCUCUGCCCUGCUUCUCUGUUUCUGUUGAUUUCCUACUCAUGGAAGGGUGAGGUGAGGACUCUUUUAUGUCCAUGGAGGCUUUCUGAACAUCUUAGAAACUAAAUUAUGCUGGGUUCAAAAAUGUACAGGGAACCUCCAUGGAUAGAAAAAAAAUCUCCUGGCUUUAGGUUGCCACCUUCCACAAGAUGGAAACAGAGCUAUUUUUUUGCAGCUGGAACUUGCCAGAUCUCAGUUCCAGCACCUCUCAGGCAGGUGCCAUUGCCGUUGUAAUAGUAAUAGUAAUAACAGUAAUAGUAAUUAGAACAAGGGAUGUAUUCAUGGUGAGUUCCGGCACCUCUUUUUCUAGAAAAAUAACACUAGCUACGGAAGGCAGGAGAAAUGGCAACAGAGAAGGCAGAGCCACUGUGUUCAUGCCUGCUGCCUCCCUGCCAUGUUUACUUUAAAUUCUGAAGAAGAGGGUCUUCCUUAGCCACUGAGGGCUUGUCCACACCUCCACUUGUUCUGAGCCUAGAAAUCAUGGGUCAAAGCAGUUUCCCUUUGCCCCGCUCCUUUCCCAGGGAAAACCCACUGUUUAGUUCUCAGUCAGAACCAAUGUCAAUCCAGAGAAAACCCAAAUUUCCUGUGCAAUUUCCACAACUCUCCUCCUGGUGUUGUAAAGACUGACCACACUCCAGACUCCGGUCUCCUCGUUUCCUCUUUCUAUCUACUGCUUGCAGAAAUGUACAGCAACUGAGAUGCAGAAGGCAGAGGAGAAGUUCAGAGAACUGCACCAAUUUCUGCUGAAUCAGAUCAAAGAGGUGGAGAAAGAGAUUGCAGGGAGAAGGGAUGAGCACCGGGCUAGACUCUCCAGGAAACUCUCCUCUCUUGAAAGGAUCAUCCAGGAGAUGGAGGAAAAGAGUCAGCAGCCAGCAAGUGAACUCCUGCAGGUAAGAUGGUGGCAGGAAUAGCCCAAGGCUCCACUCCAGGAAGAUGCUGCCUUGAAAUCUGAAGUGCAAGUUGUGUGAGAAGGAAAAUGAUAAAUGGUUACUGGCUUAUACAGAUGCUUCAGGUUACAGACUCCACUAACCCAGAAAUAGUACCUCGGGUUAAGAACUUUGCUUCAGGAUGAGAACAGAAAUCGUACUCUGGUGGCGUGGCAGCAGCGGGAGGCCCCAUUAGCUAAAGUGAUGCUUCAGGUUAAGAACAGUUUCAGGUUAAGAACGGACCUCCGGAACGAAUUAUGUUCUUAACCCAAGGUACCACUGUACUUGGGCCUGUGUUAGGGGUGAGUAUGUAUGAAAAUAUCCUAGAAAAACUACCCAAUAGUUCAACUUACGUGCACAAUGACAAGUGCACCGGGAAGGGGUGGGAUACCACAAAAAAAAAUUGUGCAGCAAAUUGGAUGAAAUUUAAGAAGUUAUGGCCCAAAACUAUCAAUGGUGGAAAAAUUCCUUAACUUUGCACUUAAAGGUGAAUCCACCAAAUGGGCACUUUAUAAAUCAAUAUGCAAACAGAAUCACAGACAUCUGUCAACAUUUGCACUUCUCUGAAAUUUUCAAACAGUUCUCCAAUAAUGCUUACAAAAAAUUCAUAUAAGCUCAUAAAGUGAAACUAACAUAAAAAAUCAUUAUAUUACAGAAAAUUGCUUUGCAAAAUGUGUGUUUCAGGCAAAAUUGGAUAUAAAAAUAUCUAUAUUAGGAGAAAGCCACACUAAAAGGCUGGUGAAUUUUCAGGAGGACUUUAAAAAAAUUGCAGACUGAUGUGGAAAUGUGGAGAGCUGAAGAGGGGAAAAUAAAAAACCUGAAAGAUUCAAAAAUUGCCUGGCUAGGCCCUCCCUACCAAGAAUAUUUGUGCGUGUUGGGCAAACUGACACCAGACAGCCAGAGUCCCUCCAUUUCAGGGUCUGAAGGGGCUUCUUACUGUGGUCUGUGUUGUGCAUUGAAUUCCAUUCUCUUUUUCCCUCUAGGAUGUGGGAAGCACCUUGCAGAGGUGAGUGGAUCCAGCUUAUUUCCAUUAGCAUCAGUACUUAAAACCUGGCCCUCCAAGCUCCUGAUGGAAAGACUUUAGGACUCCACACUCUGUAACUUCACCCACAAAGAUUGGGACCUUCCUUUUGAACUUGUGGCACCCCUAUUCUCCUUCCAAGGAUGAUUUUACUUUUGUUCCUUUUCCUUUACUAGGAAUUAGUGAUUUGAAAGGUUAACAUUUUUCCUCCUCAGGUGUGAGAGAACAGAGAGAUCGGAGAAUCAACUGGCUUUUCCUCCAGAGCUGAAGGAGGAGGCCUCCAGAUUCUGCGAUAUGAAUCUCCGUCUGGAGGAAGUCAUGAAGGAAUUCAAAGGUAAUGACGAAAGGCUGCAAGGAUUUUAUGCUGGGCAUUACAUUAGUCUAACACAGAACAUGUUAGGCUCUUACUGUAUUUUGCUCUUGCUGCAGACAGGAGUGGCACCAUCAUACCUUCCCCCCCCUUGGUGGUCCAGCCGUCAACUGAUUCCCCCCUGAAUGUCCCAUGUACAUUGGCAUGCUGCAGCAUUAGAAAUGGUGGCUGCCACAAAUAAAGAAAGUCUACACCAGACUCUAUCAUAAAGUCUGUUUUUUUCCUCCAAUAUUAUUCAGGGGGGGGUAUUGUUUUGCUGUUUUGUUUUACUUAUUUUCAUGUUUUUAUCCUGUAUCUUACUCUGUGUACCACCCUGAGAUCUUAUGAAGAGCAAUAUAUAAACCCAAGAAAUAAAUAAUAAAAUAAUGUGCAUCUGUUUACAAUUCCCUUUGCAUGACAGCUCUGGAAUCCUUCUUCAGCAAGCUUAGUUUCUCAUUUUGUUUAACCAUUCUGGCUUUAAUUAUUUUCCCCACCACUUUAUUUGGUGCAGAUGUUAAGGUUGCAUCCAUCCGAUUUAAUGUUGAAUAUUUUUAUUCUGCUUUUUAAAAGUCUUGUUUACCAUUGCUGAGUUUUAGUUUUCUUUAACUGUUUUUCCCCCUAAGUUCUUAAUCAUUUGUUCUACUGAUUAAUCUUUUACUUGAAAUAAAGAUAGAACAGGUGCUGUGUUACUAAGUGAUAUUUUUCUAACAAAAUUAAUUUCAGGUAGAGCAGCUUAGUGCUUAAACUUGUUAUCUUUUUUCUUUCUCAGAUGCUAUGUUAUUCAGACAACAGUUUCAGAAAGGUAAAUUUCCAAUGGUGACCCAAAUUCACAGGAGGGAUGGGGACUGGCAUUUCAUUGGGGUUGUACAAUCUUUUCUGAAGACUUUGGAACCCUUAAUACAGUGGUACCUCGGGUUACAUAUGCUUCAGGUUACAUACGCUUCAGGUUACAGACUCCACUAACCCAGAAAUAGUGCUUCAGGUUAAGAACUUUGCUUCAGGAUGAGAACAGAAAUCGUGCUCCGGCGGCACGGCAGCAGCGGGAGGCCCCAUUAGCUAAAGUGGUGCUUCAGGUUAAGAACAGUUUCAGGUUAAGUAUGGACCUCCGGAACGAAUUAAGUACUUAACCUGAGGUACCACUGUAAGUUAUUAGCCUUAAAAUGGCAUUUAUGUUCUUCAUAUGUAUUGUCAAAUCCCCGUUUCUUCAGGCGUCGUGUUCCAGGUUAAAAUACACAUAAACCUGCCCCAUUACAUGUCAGUUUCUGUCUCUCAGCUGAUUUUGCCGCUCUUUUCUUCAUCUUUCCCAAUAGCAAAUGUCACUCUGGAUCCAGACACAGCCCAUUCCUGCCUCAUCUUGUCCAAGAAUGGGAAAAGCGUGAGAUUGGCAGACAGAAAGCAAGAUGUGCCCAAUAAUCUUGAGAGAUUCAACAAGUGGCAUUGUGUGCUGGGACGUGAGGAAUUCACAGCAGGCAGACAUUUCUGGGAGGUCAAUGUGGGAAGUGAGGGAGAAUGGGCUGUGGGGGUCGCCAGGAAGUCUAUAGGGAGAAAGGGCCGUUUUCCCUUCAGUCCUGAGGGAGUGCUCUGGGCUCUGGAAAAGAUGGGAAAUGGGUACUGGGCCUGGAACCCCCCUCAUAACACUCCUCUGUCCCUGAGGGAGAAGCCCAGGAGGAUCCGGGUGACUCUGGACUAUGAAGGGGGACGUGUGUCUUUUUAUGACGCUGACACAGGAGCCGAACUCUACACGUUCUCAGGAGCCUCGUUCUCUGGAGAGACCCUCCUCCCUUCCUUUCGUCUGUGGGGAAAUAAAACCCACCUCAGUAUCUCCUGA